CUUUAUCUUAUGGGCCCUGGUUUCCCGCCGGAGGCCACACCGCGGAAACACACCUCCCCGCCCGCACCACCGCGCGUCUUCGGGGAGGAACGACAUCCGCCCAGGAGUUCCAUGGCCUCCGCUCCCCGCCGCCAGCGCCGAGAGCGUCGCUUCCGGCGGUACUUGUCUGCAGGUCGGCUGGCCCGGGCCCAGGCCCUCCUCCAGCGACACCCCGGCCUUGAUGUAGAUGCUGGGCAGCCCCCGCCACUGCACCGGGCCUGUGCCCGCCACGAUGCCCCCGCCCUGUGCCUGCUCCUUCGGCUCGGGGCUGACCCUGCCCACCAGGACCGCCACGGAAACACGGCGCUGCACGCUGCCGCCCGCCAGGGUGCUGCUGCCUACACGGACUUCUUCCUGCCGCUGCUGCGUCGCUGUCCCUCUGCCAUGGGAAUAAAGAAUAAGGAUGGGGAGACCCCAGGGCAAAUUCUGGGCUGGGGGCCCCCCUGGGGUUCUGCUGCAGAGGAGGAGGAAGACGAGGCGUCCCAGGAGCACCAGUGGAGGCAGAAGCUGCAGGGAGAGCUGGAGGACGAGUGGCAGGAGGCCACUGGGCGGCUGGAAGACUAUGCUUCCCAUGAGGCCCAGGAACCCGAGUCCUUCUCAGCCUGGUCAGAUCGCCUGGCCCGGGAGCACGCCCAGAAGUGCCAGCAGCGGCGUGAGGCGAAGGGAGCCUGCCGGCCCGCCCGGGCUGAGGGCUCCGGUCUCGGCUGGCGGCGGCAGGAGGAGGAGCGGAGGCUCUUCCAAGAGCGGGCCAGGGCCAAGGAGGAGGAGCUGCGGGAGAGCAGAGCCCGGCGGGCGCGGGAGCAGGCGCGGGAGGCUCACGGGGACCCGGGGCCCAGGGCCCAGCAACCCAGGGGAGUCGGCAGGGGCAAUCUCUGGCGCUUCAGUGAUGUGCCCUGGCCCUGCCCUGGGGGAGGGGACCCGGAGGCCAUGGCAGCAGCCCUGGUGGCCAGGGGUCCCCCCUUGGAGGAGCAAGAGGCUCUGAGGAGGUACUUGAGGGUCCAGCAGGUUCGCUGGCACCCGGACCGCUUCCUUCAGCGAUUCCGGAGCCAGAUUGAGGCCUGGGAGCUGGGCCGCGUGAUGGGAGCUGUGACAGCCCUUUCGCAGGCCCUGAAUCGCCGUGCGGAGGCCCUCAAGUGACCUCCGGGAGACCAGGCGGGACUGCAGGGCACGCAGCCUUCGAGACAGGCCGGCAGGAAGGGCACGAUCAGAGGCGGGGUGACGAGGACGAGGCAGGACCGCACUGUGCAGCAGAGGAUGUGGGGUGGGAGCGAAACUUGUGACGAGCGGGGGUGGGAGGGCAGCCACCGGCACUGCUCCUCGACUCCGCCACUUCCUAAUAAGACCUGGUUCCACGGCUCACUCCCAGGACUCUGCCUUUUUCCACUGCGGUGGUUUUCAUCUUUCCCGCCAUCUGCCGACCCCACAGCUCUGCACACCUGUGACCCGCACGCACACGGCCGCCGGCCCUGGACGCUAGCGGCCCUGAGCAGGCCCGUGUGCCGCCGGCCUCACUCCUCGCCCUCUGCCGGGCUCCCCUCGGCAAUCGGGGCCCAAGAGAUGAAUGUGAACACCGGCCAAAAAAGGGAACAAAACUAGUUUCCCUCCCUCCCCAGCCCCCACCAGAACCACAUCCUCCUCCCCGCUCACUGCCUCCCCAGCAGACAGGGCUUUCCCUUUGCUGAGUCACCCAGUGGUCCAAGUGGGGGCAGCGGAGCUGGGGACCACGAGGAGUUGUGAGAGGUCGGGCCGGGAGCAGGAUGGAGGAGGAGCCCUGUGGGGGAGUGGAAUUUCGGUUGCUAAAAUUAGGACCAGGGGCAGUAGGCGGAAAGAGCCCAAUUAUGUAACCUGGGUUGUCUGUUCUUGGGCAACCGGGGACCCACACCCGCGGAGGGUGAGGAGUAACAUGGAUUCACUCUAGUCAAGCUGCUCAGUCACUAAAGCCAGGUCGGUUGAGGCCUGAGGAAGCGACUGUGCUCAUUUUAACCAGCCUGGGAACUUAAACUUCAUUUUCCCGGCCCGUGUCAGUGCCUGGGCAUUCACAGGCCUCCUGAUAGCCCCUCAUUACCCCUGAAAGCCUCACUGCACCUUGACCUGGCACCCAUUCCCCAGACACGGUGUGACCAGACCUGGUGCGCGUCUUCCAGACCGUCACCCUGGACGGCUGGGCCCUGGCUAAGCCUGCAGGACCGACCGCUCUCCAGAUGCACUCGUACGCGGAGAACUCAGCUUUUCCUCUUACUCGGAAACACUGCUGGGUUUUUGCCUCGUGCUUCCAGUUUGCAAACCUGUGAAUAAAUCGUGUAUUUCUA